UAUAUAUCCUUCUAGGACCCUGAAAGACACUCACUCCCAUCUAUCCAUUCCACCUAACUCGCUCCUCACACAAGUCUCAGUGACCACUUCCCUCGGACCUUUUGAUCGCAGCGAGCUUUUAUUCUCUGGUAACACCCACUGCCCUUCUUUUCAAAAUGCCCGCUUUAGACGACUCGGACUUUGGCGUCCAAACUCCUCUAUCGCCAGUCAAAUCCCGCGACAGCAACCGCCUCCAACGCAUAUCCAGCCGCAACAGCGCCCAGCUCGCUGUUGGCAGCCAUGGCACCAUCAGCAUCCCCGCCGAUGGCCUGCAUUCAAACUCCAUCGAGGUUCCCGCCACCAGAUCCUCCAUCUCAGAUGCGCAAGCGUACAUGCACUCCUUGAGCCUCUCCCCAUCUAUGAAGGAGCGCAGGGCCUCCCGGAACUCGUUCGGUGCCGCGCUGCCUAUCCCACGGUCGAAGAGGCAGAGUAGGUUGUCGAGCGUGCAUUACCCGGAUGGCAGGCCGACGAGGCCGGGCAUGCCGCCGGUCCAGCCUUCGAGAGAUAUCAUCGCAGCGCAGAUCCAGGAUCUCUCAGGCGAAAAGGUGCGCGCUGCGAAGGACAUGGCUUUUGUUUUCGAUAUCGAUGGUGUGCUUGUCCACGGCGACCGUCUGAUCCCCGAAGGUCGACGCGUGCUAGAGAUCCUUAAUGGAGACAACGAACUCGGGAUCAAGAUCCCGCACAUUUUCCUCACGAACGGAUCCGGAAAACCUGAAAUGCCGCGCGUGCAGCAGCUGUCCAAGAUCCUGCACUCACCUAUUUCGACAGACCAAUUCAUCCAGUCGCACACUCCGAUGCGGGCGUUGGCCGAGUACUACAAGACGGUGCUUGUCGUUGGCGGCGAGGGCUACAAGUGUCGUGAAGUAGCCGAGCAGUACGGUUUCGAGGAUAUCAUUGUGCCGAAUGACAUCGUGGCCUGGGAUCCCAGCAUCGCUCCCUAUCGCGUCUUCACUGAGGAAGAGCGCGCUACUUCUAGACCACGCGAUUUCUCCAAGGUCAACAUCGAAGCCAUCAUGGUCUUCUCUGAUAGCCGUGACUAUGCAACGGACAUGCAGAUCAUCAUGGAUCUGCUGCGAAGCGAAAACGGCCGUCUGGGUACGGUCGCCAAGGACUCCGUCUCCCAGCGCAUUCCCAUCUACUUCUCGCAAGGCGAUCUUCUCUGCCCGACCGAGCACCCCAUCCCACGCAUGUCACAAGGCACCUUCCGCAUCGGCCUCGAGGCAAUGUACAAGGCCUUGACCGGCGUGGACCUUGAGCGUGUCGUGUACGGAAAGCCUGAGCUGGCGACAUACAAGUAUGCGGACGAGGUGAUUGCUAGCUGGAUGGAGCAGAUCCACAACGACGAGGUCCUGCCUUCUAAUAUCUAUAUGAUCGGCGACAAUCCCCAAUCUGAUAUCAUUGGAGGUAAUAUGUAUGGAUGGAAUACGUGCCUGGUUAAAACUGGCGUCUAUCAGGGCGAGGGUAACGACAAGGAGAACCCAGCCAGCUUUGGUGUCUUCAAGAAUGUGCUGGAGGCUGUUCAGACAGCGAUCAGGAAGGAGCUGGGCAAGGACUUCCGAUUCGAGUUCGAUGAGCGGAUCAAUCCCGUGCUCCACGGCAAUGGCGUUUCGGCUAUUGAGUAGAUGAUGAGUUGGAUAUUGGACAUGCGCGGUGUUUGGCAACGAUUAUUCUAGGCGUUACUUGUUUGCUUCCUCCUGCAUAGCCUGCGCUUGCAUAUAAGAACCACUAUAGAAAUUUGAUGAUUCUCAUGGCUAGCUCAAUGCCAAAAGCAUUUCCGUUUUGCUCCCCUCUUCGUUUACUCGUGAACCGUCUCUC